AUGGAAAUACCUAUCCCUUUCGGAGUUUUCCCGACCUCGCUUAAGGGGGCUGCGCUCAAAUGGUAUACCCAGCUGCCUGCCAAGUCGAUUGACAGCUUCGGCACUCUGGUCAGCCGGUUCACAGCGCAGUAUGCAAUGAGUCGACCCCAUCACAUAACGUCAGCUGCUCUGGCCAGCCUCAGACAGAGCGGCGACGAACCACUACGGACGUUCAUGGAACGCUUUGCCAGUCUCUCGGUCAAGAUUCGAAACUUGAACCCCGAGGUGGCCCUACACUCCAUGCUCAUGGCGUUGAAGUCAGGACCUUUCGUUGAAAGCCUUUGCCGACGACCUCCUCCCAACAUGGAUGAGCUCCGAGCUCGCGCUGCUGGAUACAUCCAGAUGGAGGAGCAUGCCGAGUUCCGCAAGGCAAUUCGCGACAAACCAUAA